AUGACACCUAAGCCCAGCCUUAGCAUUUACCCAUCAGAACAAGCCUAUUUCCCACUAGCAUUCUGGGCUAAGUGCACAUACAGGCGGCGGGACAGCCCCGCGGCGGACAGGAGCCACGUCAGGUGGUCCUCCCCGUACCUGGAGUGUGAGAAUGGGAAUUACAAACCCGGCUGGCUGGUGACUCUCUCCGCAGCUUUCUAUGGGCUGCAGCCAAACCUGCUUCCCGAGUUCAGAGGUGUUGUUAAGGUUGAUAUAAACCUGCAGAAGCUGGACAUUGACCAAUGUUCAAGUGAAGGGUGGUUUUCAGGAACCCACAAAUGCCAUCUCAACAAUUCUGAGUGCAUGCCAAUUAAAGGUCUUGGAUUUGUGCUUGGAGCCUACAAAUGCAUUUGCAAGGCUGGAUUCUAUCAUCCCAACAUCUUUUCAGUGAACAGCUUUCAGAGAAAGGAUACAGAUAAUCACUUUUCUGGAGGCAAGAUGUCUGAGGAAGUCUACACCUGCCUACCCUGCAGGGAAGGAUGUUCUUACUGCACAGAUGAUGCUCCCUGCUAUGCACAGGAGGACAAGUAUUUACGGCUUGCUAUCAUCUCAUUCCAAACAUUCUGUAUGCUUCUGGACUUCAUAAGCAUGCUGGUAGUAUACCAUUUUCGCAAGGCAAAGAGCAUAAGGGCUUCUGGCCUGGUUCUUCUGGAAACCAUCCUUUUUGGAUCACUCCUCCUGUACUUCCCGGUUGUCAUUUUGUAUUUUGAGCCAAGCAUAUUUCGCUGCAUUCUCCUAAGAUGGGUUCGUCUUCUGGGCUUUACGACUGUUUAUGGAACUGUGACACUCAAGUUGCACAGGGUUUUGAAGGUAUUCCUGUCCCGAACUGCUCAACGCAUUCCAUACAUGACAGGUGGCCGAGUGAUGAGGAUGCUGGCUGUAAUUCUCCUGAUAGUCUUUUGGUUCCUGAUUGGCUGGACUUCUGCAGUCAGUCAAAACUUGGAGAGGAAUAUUUCACUCAUUGGCCAGGGUCAAACAUCGGACCAUCUCAUCUUCAAUAUGUGCCUCAUGGACCGCUGGGAUUACAUGAUGGCUGUUGCUGAAUUUUUAUUCCUCUUGUGGGGUGUUUAUCUCUGCUAUGCAGUGCGGACAGUCCCAUCAGCAUUUCAUGAGCCACGUUAUAUGGCUGUUGCAGUUCACAAUGAGCUCAUUAUCUCUGCUAUAUUCCAUACAAUUAGAUUUAUUCUUGCCUCGAAACUUCAGUCUGAUUGGAUGUUGAUGCUGUUUUUUGCACAUACACACUUGACUGUAACAGUUACCAUUGGACUGCUUCUGAUUCCAAAGUUUUCCCAUGCAAGCAAUAAUCCUCGAGAUGAUAUAGCUACUGAGGCAUAUGAAGAUGAACUUGAUAUGGGUCGAUCUGGGUCCUACCUAAACAGCAGUAUCAAUUCAGCAUGGAGUGAACAUAGUUUGGAUCCUGAAGACAUCAGGGAUGAGUUGAAGAAACUGUAUGCACAACUUGAAAUCUACAAAAGGAAAAAGAUGAUUGCUAAUAACCCACAUCUCCAGAAAAAGCGGUGCUCAAAGAAGGGCUUGGGCCGUUCAAUAAUGAGACGAAUUACUGAAAUCCCUGAGACAGUCACCAGGCAGUGCUCUAGGGAGGAUAAAGACCUUAUGGAGCACAGUUCUGCAAAAAAUGCUGCUUUAGUGAGAAAAAACCCGCAGGAUUCCACCAGUUAUGUAAAGCCAAAAGAGGAGUCUUUGAAAAACAGAGUCUUUUCAUUAAAGAAGUCCCACAGCACUUAUGAUCAUGUUAGAGAUCAAAUGGAACAGCCUAAUAGCUUAACUACAGAAAGUGCAGAAGUUAUAAGUACAGAGAACUCACUGCUGGAUUCUUUGAGUGGAAACAAAUUAACAAAAAAAGCAACAGAAAAAGUUGAAGCUGUGUCCACUGAAUCUGUCCCUUUGGUGUGCAAAUCUGUAAGUGCACAUAACUUAAGUGCAGAUAAGAAGCCCCUGCAUCCAAGAACGUCUGUGUUACAGAAAUCUCUUAGUGUUAUUGCUAGUGCCAAGGAAAAGACUUUGGGAUUAACUGGUAAAAUGCAGAGCCUGGAAGAAAACAGCAAAUCCCAUAAAUCUCAACAGAAGGGUAAGGAGGCCAGCAAAAAGCACUCAGCCUCAGAUAAAGGGGAGCAAAAAGAAUCCCAUCGGAAAAAUUCUACCCACUCUGAGGAUGCAAAAAAACCCCAUAAAUCUGGAAUCAUGAAACAGCAAAAGGUUAGUCAGAUGUCUGCGAAUUCUGACACAGGCCUGGCUAAGUCACUGCAUAAGGACAAUUUUGACAUUGCAGAGGUUUGUCCUUGGGAGCUCUAUGACCAAAUGCCUGGUCCUGUGCCUUCUGAAUCUAAAGUUCAAAAACACGUGUCUAUUGCUUCCUCUGAACCAGAGAAAAGUCACCCUUCCCAGCCAAAGGGGAAAUCUCAUCACAAGCUUAAGACAGCUGAAGGAUAUCAGCAGUCAAAUCAGAAGAGCACAGAGAAAUCUGAAGCAUGUGCUCGGGAGACACAAGAGCAGCAGUUUUUGGAAGCUGAGAAAAAACAUUUGAAUUCCAAGACUCAGGUUGUCCCUGGCUUUAAAUGUGAGAGUGUUAAAUACACAGCAAAUACUUGUGCAGGGGAAUCUGAGGAACUUCCCCCUAAAGCAACGGUGCAAGCAGUAGAAAAGGAAAAGCUCAAUCAAUUGGGAGAACAGAAAAAAAAUGCAUCUUCCUCUGAGGGAAAUAUGCUUUCAUCUGACUCUUAUAAACCAAGCAGUAACUUACAGCAGCCUUUAACGUCUCGAGCCGAAGUCUGUCCAUGGGAGUAUGACACACCAGAUUUACCAAAUGCAGAAAGAAGUGUAGCUUUAUCGAACACAUCUGCUUUAAGUGCAAAUAAAACAGCAACACCUCAAAAGUAAGAGGUUUUGGACUGACAAGAGUAGCAACUUCAGAAAGAAAGACUACAGAAAGGAGGAAAGAGAGAGGGCAAGUAGGCCAAAAGGAUCUGAAAAUUCCUAAGGAGAUUACUGAACCAAGGGGGCAGCACAACAAAUAGUAGGGAAUAGGCAAAGUGAAUUAUUCAUAUUGUUCUUGUUUAUUUACUGAGUGCCAACAAUGUGAUGAGUGGUGUCCAGAACAUGGACCCUGCUCUAAGAAGUUUACAGUCUAAAUGAAUGAAAUCUGCCUUUACCAAUUCAUUUCUCGUUCACAAACAGGAAAAAAAAAUGGCUAUGACAGGCAAAAACCACAGAUGUUAACAGAAUUAUCCCUAAAGGCUCCCAACUGCCUGCAACUUGCCCUUGGGACUCUAAAGAUUCAACAGGAGUAUGGCAUGGAGAAAGUCUUGAUGGCAAAAUUUGGGAUCAAUGAGCAGCUUACCGAAAAGACGACUUUUCACUUUACUUAUUUAACCUUGAUAGCACUGCUAAUUUAAUGCAUCCCAAAAAAUACAUUUUAUAUAAUGAUUGCUCUCAUUUUCUUAUUAAUGUAUGUUUAAGUACAUUGUUGUGUCUCAUAUUAAAGCAUUCCAGAUUGUAUAAUUUUUGCAAAUAACUUUGAUAUUAUGUGACACAACAACAUAUUUAUGCAAUCUGCAGAUACUCUAUUGUUAUUGCAACUUAAAAUACCUGCUGUAGAUCUUGUUUAUUUAUAGAAUUACAGUAAGCUUUCACUGGCUAUGAAAGCCAUACCUUGUAUGGGAAAAUACCCUGGUUUUCUUUUUCUGUGAUUUUAUAUUGUGAAUUUUUGUUCUAUUCUCUAUUAUUUAAAAUUAUCGUUUGAUACUGUAUUAUUCAGGGUUUUUAUACCAGAUAAGUUACUCAUCUUGCCCUUUUUUGUUAAUGCUCAUAAACUUUGUUAUUAGUGGAGAUCAAGUCAUCUUAGCUGCAUAUUCUGGUAAGUCCAAGGACAACUUAUCUGUUGUUUGUUACAAACCUAGCUAAUUUCAUAUUAUUGCUUCAGAGCUCCUGCUUUUAUCAUCCAUCACAUCAUCUUUCUCAGCAAUUUACACUGAGAAUUUUCUCCUAAAGGAUAAAAACAAGAAUGAUAAAGACUACAUUUAAGAAUAUGAACCACAACUGUACAAUUCUAGGAGAUAUUGCAGGUUAGCUGGUUUAGAGCUGCAGUAUGUUGUUUAUCCUGCUGGUAAACUUCCAUGAACCAGCUGUGCAAAAUUAGAAAGAGAAAAAAGGAGCCCCAAAAAAAUAUUUUUCCCCCAAAAUGCAAUCAAAAGAUAGAAAAGGAAAAGGGCAUCUAAUCCCACCCCAAAAGCACUUAGAAAUGUUUGUCUGAUGUAUAUAUGUAAAUGUUAGAUAAAAUGUAAUAUUUUAUACAAAAUUAAUACCCAGUAAUAACUAAGGUUUUUAUCCCGCACAUGAGCUUAAUUUUAUGCACUAGUCUGUACCCUGUUCAAGACCAAGAGACUUUCAGCUAAUUCCAAGUUAAACAUGUGAAAAAGAGGCCUUGACAGGAUCAGGGCGGAAGAGGGUGACAAAGGCUAAUAAUAAUAACAGUAAGCCAGGUCCAUUUAAGUGUAGCACUACUAAGGUACCAUUGGUACUUCAUUUAUUGCUGACUCUUAUUGGUGCUGUGCAAUAUGCAAAAAUAAAGGAACACCCAGUCAUAAGGUUGUUUUUUUUUAAAGAGAUGAUGAAAUUCACUGGGAAAACCCAUCAUAAGACUAAUUUAAUGGCUUGUUGUUUUAUCUAUAUCUGUCUAUCUAUCUAUAGAUAUGUAUAAAACAACAAAUAUUUAUAUAGAUAUUUAUAUAUAGAUAUAAAAUAUCCUAUUUAAUAUAUCCUAUUUAAUGCACACAUGCGCAUACAUAUAUAUUGAUAAACUGACUUGGGGCCUCAUAGAAGAUGGGGGGUUUUAAGAGAAACUCUAAUGACAAGAAGGACUUGGGCAAAUUGGGAUGUGGAGAGUAUUUCCUUGCCUUUUUCCAAACUGAGAGACAGGCAGAGAGUCCACUUGGGUCAAGAUAUGGAAGGGGAGAGGAAAAUACAUGACACUGCCUCCAGGACUGUGCCUGUUUUUGAAGGAAAAAAAUAAUCUGAGUAUGCACAUAGUUCUUCUUCCCUGACCACAGACUUUAUCCAGGGCCUGACGCAAACCUCACUGAAGUCAGCAAGGCUUUUCCCAUUGACUUCAAUGGGAUUUGUAUGAGGUCUCAUGUGCAAGCCCUGAUUCCCUUGGAGACAUGUAGGCUUCAUUCUGAGAAUGCAUAGAACUCUGUAUGUCACCAAGCAUGUGGAGCCCUACAGGAACAUACUGAGCCCCCGUGGAGUAGUGCACAGUCUUUUCAAUUUAAUCCACUGAUAUAGCUGUACUCUGCAGCAUAGUAAAGAGAGGACUCCAGCUAAGGUUCCUUCUCUAGUUUACUAAGGGGACAUCAUGGGCUGGCCAGUCUUAGACAUGUUCCUUCUCCAGAGGGCUCUGUGGCUCCAUUGCCAUGGACAAUUCUCAUGCUUGCAGCUGGGAUGUGUCAGGGAACUGGUGGAGGACAUACUCUGUACACACCCACUGUGCCUUUUAGAUCAAAUGCCCAGGGGAGGCGUGGUGCCCUGCCAUGACUUUACCCAUCCCAACAUCAUGCUGUCCUUUGUGCAUUCCUGUACAAUGGAGUGAGUGGACUGCCUCUGUUACAUGGUAGCCAUGUGCAGGAAGGCCUCCAUACCAAGCCAUACCCCAUGCAUACAGCAGUGCUUUCUUUUGUGUUAGGGGUAGGAUGAAGUCCCUUGUGCAUGACCCUAUUUGUGCCACUACUGCCCCAUCUGCUGAUUGUUUUUCUUUUAUUUUGCUUUGAACAUAACUUGAGAAGGAAGAUCAUUAGAAACAAAGAAAUAAGGCCAGAUCCUUAACUAAUGUAAAUCAACAUAACUGUACCAUAAUUAUGGAGUGAUUUAUACCAACCCAGGAUCUGCUGCAUAAUUUAUAGUUUUGGUUUGUUUUCUUUCACCCUGAAGGCUGCUCUCACUACUUAAAAAUUGUCCACUAUUUUCAGGGUUGUUCUAUGGUUUUCCGCAUUGUACUUGUCACAUACCAAAAAGCUGGUGAAAUUUAGACCUAUUUUAAAAUCAGUGUACUUCUUAAGGGAUGAUUUUCCUUGUUCAUUCAGCCGCUGAAAUUGGGUUUGGAAUUUAAUUGGUAUUUUAGCAAACAGAGGGGCCAAACUUCACUCAACUGUUAUAUUUCACUAUGACACUGCUAGAAACAUUGCUUAAGGAAGACAUACUAAGUUAUGCCUAAAUGAUGUUCUAUGUUCUAUAGAAUUUUCUCCACCAGCAUAUAUUAGCUAGAUUGCUUAGUAGUCUUUUUCUGGAGUUCCAUUGUCAUUAUUCAGCCACAAGAAAUGCAACUCUAGAUUUAAGGUGUUUUCUAGCAGAUCUGUUAAGAACGAUAAUCACCAAGGUCACAAACAUUUGCUAGGUUGUCCUUUUCAAAUGCAUGUGCAAGUUGCAUUUCUCCUUUGUUUCUAAGCCAUGGUUUAUAAAUAAUUAGAUUUAUACCAAUACUAAUAGACUUGUAUAUUUUAUGCAAGAAUUAUAUGCUUUAAAAUAUAAAUAAUUAAUCACCCAUCAUCAGCUUUGGUGGCAUUAUAGGUCUGAAAACAAACAAUACUUUUAUAUUUGCUCUCCUGAGGCUUUUGCAUGUAUAUGAUGACGGGCAGGCCUGAGAAAACACUGCCUUUUAACAUUUUAGCUACUCAGAAUUGUAGAGUAAAUAAAGCUGUAAGUCUAUUCACUUUAUUAUGUGGUUCUUAUAAGAAUAUUAUCUGGCAACCUACAGCAUCCACCAUGAAAUACUUGCUAGAUUUAUGUUGUAAUGUGUCACAGCAUGUAAAUAAUGUACCUUCUCUGCAAUAAAGCACAUUUAUAUGAAA